GGCGGUGCUCCAGGUAAGUGGCACACCUGUGGGAGCACAGCACUCUCCUCUGCGAUUCAGAGGCAGCAGCCGCUUUGAAGGGAACACCUCUGACCUGUCCCUGAAAUCAUUGAAUGAAACAUGAAGAACUUGUCAGCUUUGUCUCAGUUGUUACUGGUCGUGGUAAUUGCUGUCAGUCUGGGGACAGUGGGAGGUUCCACUGAAGGUCCGAAUGAACUGUCAGUUCCCUCUGUCGCUCCAACUUCAUCUCCCUCACCGUCCAACCCCAAUAGCUCCAGGGAGGAUUAUGAGGAUUAUGAAGAUGAUGAUUACAUGGAUGAAUAUGAUGAAUUGACAGCUGAAGAACUGGAAGAUGGAGAGUUGCCAGUGAAAGUCCAGCCGGUUGUUAAACCCAAGAACAAAUCCGGAAAGAGAAAAGGCCAGAGACAAUCCAGGAAUAAGGCAAAGAGGAAAAGGACUGGAACAAAGAAGCAGAAUGAUCCAUGUAAGACCCAGUACAAGGAUUUCUGUAUUCACGGGAAAUGCGUCUUCUUGAAAGAACUCAACAAGACAUCAUGUGUAUGUCUUCCUGGAUACCAAAAUGAACGCUGUGGGAUAAAGACAUUGUAUACUGGAACAACCAAGGAACGGAUUAAUAGCCUCUCGAUUGUCCUAGUGAUAGCAGCUGGGAUGCUACUUGUCUUUGUAAUAGCUGUGACUGUUGUUGCAAUGAUGCACAUUCGGAAAAAAAUGCAGACGGGGCAUGAUGUAUUGAGUGAAGAAAAACAAAAACUGAGAACAGAGAAUGGAAAUGUAGUUUAAAAACGAAGGACUGCAUCAGACGUUUCUAACCUGAAGAAAUCAUCCAAAAUAUCAGUCUCCCACAUUAAUUUAUGAGAUGACCACUCUCGCUCCCUCGCCUGGUUAAUGCCUGUUGUUGUUGUAUACAGUUACUUAGAACAACGUACACAGCCCAAAAUCCAGUGAUAUAGCUAAUGUAUAAGAUGAACUAAAGAAUAACAACUUGAAUUUAUUUAGCAUCACUUGAAAUUAUAUAAUGUCCUGUGACCCCACACCCUUCUAUCCGGCAAAACAAUUGGCACUGAGAGUCAAAGAGAACAGUUGCCAUAGUCAUGCCAGACCAUAGGGCUGUUCUCUCACUCAAGAGAGACAACUGGUGGUGGUGUAACCUGAGGGUUACCAUUGUCUCAGGGUGAGGGGAGAGGUUGAGGAGGAGAGUCCUUCAUGCUAACCUUAGCUGGUACAGGAAUUGAACCCACACUGCUGGUGUUACAGCAUUGCAGACCAGCUUUCCAGCCAACUGAGCUAGUGCCUAGUAGCCUGCUUGAGGUCUUCCUUUUUCCAAGUUUCUGAAAGGAAACAGAGAGAGGUUGUCAGUGAGGAGCAGAGCUCGAUGGGUAGCUGCUUUAAGGUGGGUUGAAGGGGGUACCUUUGUCAUAAAGGGCAAAGUCAGAGAAAUGUUGCUUUCCAGUGUGCUGGAGGCUCCAGAGAUAAGUAAGUAAUCUAAUAACAGUGUGGAAACAGGCCCUUCGGCCCAACAAGUCCACACCGACCCGCCAAAGCGCAACCCACCCAUACCCCUACAUUUACCCCUUACCUAACACUACGGGCAAUUUUAGCAUGGCCAAUUCACCUGACCCGCACAUCUUUGGACUGUGGGAGGAAACCGGAGGAAACCCACGCAGACACGGGGAGAACGUGCAAACUCCACACAGUCAAUCGCCUGAGUCGGGAAUUGAACCCGGGUCUCAGGCGCUGUGAGGCAGCAGUGCUAACCACUGUGCCACCGUGCCACCCCUUAUGGAAGGCCAUUGAGGGUUUUGAAAACACCAAUGACAUUUUUCACAGCCAGUCUUUACUGGAUUGAUCCAGCACAAGUCAACAAACACAGAGGGGUCAUGUCCAAAUCAGACUCAAUGGUACAAUGCUUCAGAUGGAGCCUUGUCCUUGCCACAUUGGCACAGUAGAGUUUAUUGUGCAACAGUUAUUAGCUAAAGAGAAGACCAUGCUUUCCACAAUGUAUUGGAACUCCUUCCAAUGAAUCAUCAACAUUUUGUUUCCUUUAUUCAUUGACAGGAUGAGAGUGUCUCUGGCUAGUCAGCAUUUAUUGCCCCAAUUGCCCAGUGGCUAGUUAAGUGUAGCCACAUUGCUGUGGGUCUGCUGUCACAGGUAGGCCAGCAGUCUCCUUCCCUAAAGAACCAGAUGGUCAUUUUAAAUUCUUAAUUCCAGAUAUUUUUUAUAAUCACAUCCCACCAGCUGCCAUGUUGGGAUUUGAACUAAGGUCCUUAGGGCAUUACCGGAGUCACUAAGACUAACAGCCAAGCAAUAAUACCACUAGGCCAUACCUCUCCAUGAUGCAGUGCUACUGCUCAAGUUUUACCUUGCCUUGGCCUCAGACAAGGAUCACUCAAUAGUGACUCAGAAAAGGAAAUCCUGGUUUCCCCAGCACUCCUAUCUCCCUUGUUUUCUGGGAGCACUGAAGCCAACAUUAGUAUCUGUACAACUGUGUUGGAGCUUCAGUCACUCAGUGCAGAUGGGGUCAAACGCACCGGUUUCCAGGUUCACUCCAGCUGAUCCUUCAACAACCCUCCUCCACCUUUCUAGGAUUGCUCAAGGCUGACUGUAGAAAUUAUAGCAAAGAUUCCUUCAGGUUUGUUAAUGUAUCAGUAUUUAUUUGUUAUUUAAAGUUAUUUAUGUACUUUUUUAUGAAUUCUAAGAAACAAAAGUAUUGUAAAACAUGUGGUCAAUAAAGGAGGUUUUGAAUAAA